AUGGCGUCCCUCAAGCACGAGAUUAUAUACGAAUCUAUCGAGGUCAGCGACAACGAAGUCGUCUCUCCUCCUCCGGCGAAAAGGGCCAGAAUAGCCACACCAGAAGAGGUCAUCGACCUCACGCAAAGUGACGACGAAGAAGAAGACGACGAAGACGACGAAGAAGACGACGGAGAAGACGACGUGGCGCCCAUUCCCGCCGCGCAACUGCGACCCGCGCCCUCGCCGCCCACUAUCGACAACAAGGACGACGCUGCUGAGCAGCAAGCCAGUCCCACAAAAGCUCUUCGUUCCGCAGAGAGCGUCGAAGCUCCAACUUCGCCCAAACUCGGCGUAAAGUCAUCAUUCUUACAGAAAUGGUCUCGCAAAGACCAUCUCGCCUUCAUCAAAGAGCUGAAACGCCGAUUCGACCCAGAACCCUUUAUGCGACUCACCGGCAAACCAGUCGAAGAGAUUCUAGACCAAUUUGAUGCGCUGUACCAACUCGCUACUCCAAUUCGACGCUGGGCUGGCGGAAAUACCGUUGGCGAGCUUCGUGGUAUCAAGAAGGGCGGCAUUGUCGUUUUGCUUACACAGGCCGAGGGCCACGAGGAAGAAGUUGAGUUUGAGGAUCUGGAUGAGGAUGAUCUUGAUUAUUUGAAGGAGAGCUUGACUGAGAGUGAUUGGGGGACUUUGGUGGGUACCAGUGAGACGGAUGAGAGCGAGGUUCUGGCGGUUGAUCAUGAAUGA